AUGGUCGAGGAGGAGGCUUUGGAAAAUGAGUUCAGAGGGCAGCUGCUGAACCAGAGGUGGACGCGAGGAGACAGAAUAAGCAGAUUCUGUGAGACCAAGAGGAGCCUUCGAAUCAAAAUGAGUCAGGACACAGCAGAAACGAGAACCCGGACCCGCUCAAAAGGCAUCAGAGUACCCGUUGAACUCGUGGGAGCAGAGUUAAGCAUUCUUGGAUGCCCAAUAGUGAAGAAGAGGAAACUUGUGGAGGCGGAGGAAGAAGAGAAUCAACCCGCCCCCAAGAAAAAGACCCUGCCCCUGAAGUUGGCCAUGGACGAGGGCUUCAACACAGCAGACAGUGACGCCGCCAGUGAGGCAGAGCAUAAGGAGGGAGAGGAGUCAGAGGAGGAGGAGCAGAAAGAGAAGGAAAAUAGCAAAACGCCAAACCCAGCCAUGUCCAUGAAAGGGACUUCGCAGAAGGACACAGCCACCACAACCCAACAGCAAGCUUCCACAGAGGCAGAAGCAGAGGCAGAGGCAGACAGACACAAAGAGGAGGUGCAAGUAGUGGCAGAGAUACAGGCCGCUGAGGAGGAGGAGGAGGAGGAAGAUGAGGAUACAGUUGAUGUACACAGAACAAUAGAGCAGCCCAAAGGCGACAAUGAAACAGGGAGAGCAGAGAGUGAGGAGAAGCAAAGGGAGGAGUAUUCCAGUGGCGACUAUAGCAGGCAUCCGGCAAAAGAGGAGGGAGAUGAGGAAGAAGAGAAGAAGGGAGAGGAAAAGGAGGAGGAGGAGGAAGAGGAGGAGGUAGAAGAGGAGGUAGAGGAAGAAAAGGAGGAAGAGGAGGAUGAGGAGGAAGAGGAGGAGGAAGAAGAGGAGGAAACAGAAGCAGGGGAGGUGGAAGAAGAGGACCACGACUCUCACAAAGCCCCACCUACCACAGUGGCCAUUGAGAUACGAUCUGAGGAAGAGGAAGAGGAGGAGGAAGAGGAGGAGGAAGAUGACUGUCUCUCACAGGGUUCGGGUGUGACAGAUGACUCAGAGACCUGGGAUAUGACCCGGGGGAACUUGGGACUGCUGGAGCAAGCCAUCGCCCUGAAGGCCGAGCAGGUGAGAGGGCCGCACGUCGACCAACAGUCUCCAGAGCACCAGCACUACCACAGCCCCGACGACAGGGCCAGCAAAGCCAUGGACCAAGCCAUGCGACACAGAGGAUACCACAGCAAAGGUAGGCCAGAAAAGAAGGAGGUGAAAUGCCCUACCCCUGGGUGUGAUGGGACGGGCCAUGUGACUGGGCUGUACCCCCACCACCGCAGCCUCUCUGGGUGCCCUCACAAAGACAGGAUCCCACCUGAGAUACUGGCCAUGCACGAGAACGUGCUGAAGUGUCCAACUCCAGGAUGCAUAGGCCAGGGUCACGUAAACAGCAAUCGCAACACACACCGCAGUCUGUCCGGUUGUCCCAUAGCAGCUGCAGAGAAACUCUCCAAGGGGGGCCAUGUCACCCCCAGUCACCCCCAGCCUUCAGUCAGCGAGCCCGCAACUGGGAGCCCACAUUCAGACAGAGUUCUCAGACCUAUGUGUUUUGUGAAGCAGCUGGAGAUCCCUCAGUACGGCUACAGACCCAACAUGGUGCCUGCCACACCCCGCGCCAACCUGGCCAAAGAGCUGGAGAAAUACUCCAAGGUCUCCUUCGACUAUGCAAGCUUCGACGUCCAGGUGUUUGGGAAGCCUUUGCUGGUUCCAAAGAUACCCGCCACCAGCCAAACCUCACCCAAAGCCUUCAAAUCUAAACCAUUCCCUAAGGCCACGUCCCCGGGCCUUAGCUUCUCGGGAGGAUAUGCAAAGAGCAGCUCCUCCUCGUCCUCCAGUGGCUACGAUUACACCCAUGAUGCCGAGGCUGCUCACAUGGCUGCCACUGCCAUUCUGAACCUGUCCACACGCUGCUGGGAGAGUCCAGAGAACCUUAGCACCAAACAGCAGGACCCAGCUGGCAAGGACAUAGAUAUUGAAGUGGAUGAGAAUGGGACACUGGACCUGAGCAUGAAGAAGCCCAUCAAGAUGGAAGGGAUGCAAUCACCAGACCCCUGUUCUUCCUCCUCCUCGCAGCACCCGGGAGACGUUCCCUCGUCCCAGGGCCACCUACAGGAGGAGUUGGAGGGGCCUCUGGACUUCACUAAGCCAAACUGUCCCAAAGAGAAGGAGGAGCAGGAUGAGUUGGACUAUGUGGCCCACUCCUACACCUCCUCUGACGCAGAAGAUGAUGACAUCACCCAGGAGAGCAUGGAGGACAGGAAGUACCCAGGCGAGGUCACCACGUCCAGCUUCAAGGUCCAGUUCUCGCCCAAAGACUGCAAAAAAGAGGUUCUACUGUGUCCCACCCCAGGUUGUGAUGGCAGUGGGCACAUCACUGGAAACUACGCUUCACAUCGGAGUCUGUCAGGCUGUCCUCUUGCUGAUAAGUCUCUUCGGACCCUCAUGGCUGCCCACUCUGCUGAACUGAAGUGUCCGACCCCUGAAUGCGAUGGAUCAGGUCACAUCACUGGAAACUACGCCUCCCAUAGAAGUUUGUCUGGAUGCCCCCGUGCUAAGAAAGGUGCCGUCAAAACAACACCCACCAAGGAUGACAAGGAAGACUCUGAGCUUUUAAGAUGCCCGGUGCCCGGCUGUGACAGCCUGGGCCACAUCAGUGGGAAGUAUGCCACCCACCGUAGUGCCUACGGGUGCCCGCUGGCUGCGAGGCGUCAGAAGGAGGGGCUCCUCAACGGUUCUCCUUUCUCUUGGAAGGCCUUUAAGACGGAGGGCCCCACCUGUCCCACCCCCGGCUGUGAUGGAUCAGGACACGCCAACGGCAGCUUCCUCACACACCGCAGUCUCUCUGGUUGUCCCAGAGCCUCCGCUAAUAAGAAGAGAACCAGGUUCCCUGGAGACGAGUACAUUACAGCAAAGUUCAAGGCCAGCGAUGUUCUGGAUAAUGAUGAAGAUAUCAAGCAGCUGAACAAAGAGAUCGGGGAACUGAGUGAGUCCAACUCAGAGAUGGAGGAUGAUAUGAUGAACCUGCACACACAGAUCUCAUCCAUGGAGAAGAACCUGAAGAGUAUGGAGGAGGAAAACAAGCAGAUCGAGGAGAGGAACGAUGCCCUGUACAUGGAGCUGUCUGGCCUGAGCCAAGCUCUGAUCCGCAGCCUGUCCAACAUCCGGCUGCCACACAUGGAACCUAUGUCGGACCAGAACUUCGAUAAUUACGUGGACACCUUGACCCAUAUGUUCUCCAAUAAAGAUUGCUACCAAAACCCGGAGAACCGCGCUCUGUUGGAGUCCAUCAACCAAGCAGUAAAAGGCAUCGAAGUGUAG